AAGGAGAGCCAUAUAAGCUGAGCAGCCAGACACUGGAGCAGCAGACACACACCUGUCAGCCUUGCCCACAGGAGCAGCAGCCAGCAGGGACCUACACACCCAACCCGUGCCCUUUGGAAUAACUUUACUGCACCUGAGAAAACCCCACGAUGGCUCUGCCUCUCCACACACUGCUGGGUCUCUCCGUCACACUCUGUGUUUGUCUGCGGGAAGGGUCUGGUCUCCCGUUGUCAGGACAGGCGGAGCUCAGUGCUGUGUCCACCCUUCGCCAUGGCAACGCUGGGCAGCACCGCGUUCGAUCCAAACGCUGCUCCUGCAACAACCAGCAGGACUCAGAGUGCCACUACUUCUGUCACCUGGACAUCAUCUGGGUGAACACGCCCAGUAAGAUGACCGUAUAUGGGCUGGGCAGUCCCCUCUCUCGCCGGCGCCGCUCUACUGGUCGUUGUGCUUGUGCCAGUGCUGAUGACCUCACCUGCAGCUCCUUCUGCCACAACAGCUCCCAGAAUUCCGCCCUGGUGCUGGUGAACCCCUCGCCCCCGUCCCAGCGCCCCCCGAACGGGAAGACCUCUGACCUGCUGGCCUCCCUCCGGUCCGCGGUCCGAGCCAACCAGCUGGUGGUUGAGCUGGGCGUGCCCCCCCGGAAGAGGCGGUCCUGGACCCACGGGCCGCGGAACAGAUAGAGGGCUGGAGGGGGGACGCCGUCAGCUGUGCGUGAGCACCUGAACAAAGGGGGGGGGCAGACCCCCCCGGAGCCCGACCGGGCCAACCGAGCAAACCAAGAACCGGGGAGACCGGACUGUACAGGAGGGGGGGGCCCUCACCUCCGCCACUCGCCCCCCCCAGCUUCACCCCCCCCCACACUCACUGGCCAUCAAGAGACCGGAUCUGUGACUAUUACUGGGGGGUCCCACCACUGACCCAAAACCAAAAGUCCAAAACGGGUUCCCAUCCUGCCAUUUCCGUGUGGAGAACAUGACUGAGAGGCAGAGCUUCCAGAUCCUUCUGUGGGACUGGACCAGACUGUCCGUGCGUGCGCCCCACACUCACGGAAAAUGGGGGGUGGGAGGGUGGGGGUGGUUACGCCACCCAGAGUGAGCGUUUAACUCAAAUGAGGGGGCAGCAAAAAGGCCCCCCUCCCUGGAGGCGAGGAAGCUCGCGGAAGAAGCGUGAUGCUGAAGCGUUACUGCUUCCUGGAGCCAAAAUGGCGCCCUUUAGCCUGCGCUACGCCACUAAUUGCAGCCUUACCAAAGCAGAUCACUGCUGACAUCAGUAAAAAAGGCUAAUUAAUAACAUCAGUUUGAUAUUUUAUUCCUCAGAGACUGGGAUAUCUUACCCAGAAGAGAGCAAAACAUAUCAGGAUUUUUUUUUGGAAUGUUUAUUUAUUUCAUAAAUGAGCACUUUGCUUACAGUAGUCAUAUCUCAGUGCUGUGUAACUGGUGUUCUGCUCAGCUCUGUUUUCACCCAAACUGCUGGUGAAUCAGAGAACCGAGAGGCUGAGUAAUCUGCUGGGAGUGUCAGUCUGACGCAGUCUGGUUAGGGUUAGGGUUAGGGUUAGUCUGACGCAGUGUGGUUGGCGUUCUUUGAGCUGCAGGGGGCCUUGGGCUGUGUUUAAUGAGGCGUCAAACACCUGCACCUGACCCCCCCCCCCCCCCGCUCAGCUGGUGGUGCAGGUGGAGACCAGGUGCAGUCAUCACACCUGUUAACUUUUACAACGGCAUGACUGCCUUUCGAAAAGCCAAUUCAGCAGUGGAAUCCCAAAAGAAUGCACCAAUUACAGCGCCUAAUUAACCUGCCAGGUGUACCGCACCUGGGAGACGCUGGAUUCCAGCAGGCCUCACCCCGCGGAGCUGAGCCCCGUGACCCCGGUCACCGUGGCGAUUGUGAGAUAUGUUUUCCUCGACGUUCUCGACUCCGCCCUGCUGGCUGAUAUCUCCCUUGGCACCGAAACCGGGCCGCGCCCUUUGUGUCCAUAGAAACGUUCCGUGAGUUGCUUUUCAUUGUCCCGAACGGCAACAGCCCUUUCAAUGCCGCACGCCGUGCCAACAGGCUUUAAUUGUUCAGUUGGUUUUUUUUUCUUUCCUUUUUUUAAUUGUUCAGACACAUGGAAAAGCAGCGCUCUAAUUACUGCAGAGAGAAGCAGACACACUGGCCUUGGGGCUUCAGCUGCUGUUAAGAACACCCACCGCUCACUUGUGGAAUGUUCUUUGUGUGUUGAGUGUGUGUGUGUGUUUGUGUAUAUGUGUGUGUGUGUAUGUGUGUAUGUGUGUGCAUGUGUGUGUUUGUGUGACAUGUGUGUGUGUGUGUAUGUGUAUAUGUGUGUGUGUGUAUGUGUGUGUGUGUGUGUGUUUGUGUAUAUGUGUGUGUGUGUUUGUGUGAUAUAUGUGUAUGUGUGUGCAUGUGUGUGUUUGUGUGUGUUUGUGUGUGUUUGUGUGUUUGUGUGUGCAUGUGUGUGUUUGUGUGAUAUAUGCUUUCACAUGAAAUGAAGUUUUAUUUUAUUUUUUUGCUGUUUAUGAUUUUCAAUGGGACCUCAGAGUCUGUCAGUGUAUUUAUGCUGCAGUCAUUUAUUUAAUCUUUUUUCCAAAUCUGUCUGUGUGUGGAAAGGCUGGUCUGUUGUUUAUUUAAACUUUUCUGUUAUCAAUGGAAAGAAGGCUUAUCCUAUAAAUCAAGAACAUCACCUGAAAACACAACCUGUGUCAACCUUGACCUGAAUGCAAACAGUGUGCCAUUUCCUGAUCUCAGUGCUGAAGAAGUCCUUCCCAUUAUUUAUUUAAUUUAUACAGGGCAUUUGUACUUGGCCUGUUUAUAUAUAAAAUAAUGUUAUUUUAUUGAAUGAAUAAAAAUUUAUGAAAGGUUG